UUUUGUUUGAGCAGUUUGACAGUAACAGUACAGUAAGAGUUAUUCAGCGCAAAAUGCAGGCUUGUCCAAACGACAGAUCGUUUUGGGGCAUGGUUAUUCAACCGGGCGUUAAACACAGCUUCACUGUAGAACGUCCGUUGCAUAUAUCAAAGGCCGUUAUCGAUUUAAGAUCAUGGGGUACGGAACGGCCUGCUGCGACCAGCCUUCUUGUGGAUAUUGGAGAUCACAAAGAAAUUAUCUUAUGCAACCUCGAUAUGCAUUCACAUUUUGGCUGCGGCCAAGAGCAUCACAAAAGCUUGAAGUCGGAAGCUGAUCUUGAUUUGCAUUUUAAGGCUGGAGAAAAUAUCGCAUUUUUUUCUGCUAAACAUUGUCGGUUUGAAACUUCAAAUAAUUUUAAAGAAGCUGUAAUCCAUUUAUCGGGCUAUCAGCUAUAGUGAAAGGCUUGAGCUCUUUAAUUGACAAUAAUCCACACGCACAACGACGUUCGCUUUGAGAAAUUCCAGGAAAAGGCUAAUUUUUAAACUUUUAGUCAAGUGUAGUCCAGAACAAAUAUAUCGGCUUAAGGCAACGUUUCUUACCUUUGCAAAAUUGCAAACAAUUGGCACGAAUACAAGGCCUCAAUUAUUUUA